CGAGAGACAAAUGAUGUAACACAGAAAGUUCCGGACUAUCUAAAGGUCGACAUCAGGUAGCCCGCAUUCUGCGUCCGCUUUUAAUCAGCCAGCACUCUCACAAAUAUCACCAAGAGUAAAUAAAAUGCCAAGAGGAAGCAGAAGCCGGACAUCCAGGAUGGCCCCUCCAGCCAGCCGGGCCCCACCAUCACCGCCACCUAUGGCCAGGGCCGCACCACCUCCCUCCUAUGCCCCGGCUCCAAUGCAUGCUCCUCCAUCUGCUGUGGGUGCUCCCGCUGCAGCACCCAGGCAGCCUGGUAUGUUUGCCCAAAUGGCGACCACGGCGGCUGGAGUGGCAGUGGGCUCCGCGGUAGGACACACCAUCGGCCAUGCCAUGACUGGAGGCUUCGGUGGAGGAAACUCAGAGCCUGCCAAGCCUGACGUCACAUACCAGGAGCCGUACCAGCAGCAGCCACAGUCCAUGUACCAGCAGCAGCCACAGUCCAUGUACCAGCAGCAGCCCCCUCAACAGCAGCAGAGCUGCUCCUAUGAGCUCAAACAGUUCAUCGAGUGUGCCCAAAACCAGGCCGACCUCAAGCUCUGUGAGGGCUUCAGUGAGGUGCUGAAACAGUGCAAGUUCUCUAAUGGUCUAUCAUGAGACUGAGACAAAAACCUGAGAUUGAAGAGCGCACACACAAACUGUAAUGAGCAACCAGGCUCGACCAAUACUAAGAGUGUUUUAACCUACAAGAAGAUCAAUAAACAUGCUUUAUUUUGACAGCUGAUUAUCAUUAGAAGGCAUCAUUGUGUUCAUUCUCAGGACAGUGCUGCAGAUUUUGUAACAAUAGUCGUAUAAAUACUGUUUAUAUAUUUUGCUGCGUGUUGAUUUCGGUUGUUGUCAUCAGUGAUUUUCAUUAGCGUCUGCUUUUUAAUUUAAAUUGACUGCAUUUAUUUCCAUCCUCUGGAUUAGCGAUGUCUGCAGUUUGUGUUCAGCAUGUUUUUAGAUUCCAAAAUAAUAAAGCACUUGAAUCAUAAAAAAAA